AUGGCUGAUACGUGUCAUUUGUUUCUGCUGGGACUGGCUAUUCUCUCUUCACUUCUCACAGGUUCCAGUGGAGAGGAUGAUGCUCAUAUGUUCAUCAGUUCUGGUGAAAAUGUCCGUCUGUCCUGUAAUAAUAUUCUUCAUGACUGCAAAUCAACUACAUGGAAUUAUAAUAAAGAUUCAACGACUGUUGAACUGAUUGAUGACGGGAUAAAGAAGAAAGACACAGAGAGACAUGAGAGACUGAGUCUGGGGUCUGACUGCUCUCUGAACAUCAACAACAUCUCAAAAGAAGAUUAUGGAUUUUACACCUGCCGACAAUGGACUGGUGUGAAUAGAGACCAACAACUGAGAACUGCUGCUCGUGUUUAUCUGCAUGUCCUUCAUGCUUCAUCCUCACAGACUGAGAUCAGUGCAGGCCGCUCUGUGACUCUCUUCUGUCAGCUGUAUUCAUCUGCUGGAGUCUCUUGUGAUGAUUCGGUCGGUUCUGAGGGAAUUGAGCUGUUCUGGGUGAAUCAGGCUGGUGUUAAACUGACGAUAUCAGACUCCAGAUGUCAGGCAUUAUCCUCAUCAGGACACUGUAUCAUCACUCUGACUAUAACACUCCUGAAUGAAGAUCACAACAGAGAGUGGAGAUGUGAAGUUACUCAGAAAAAUCAAGUCAAGACCUCAGUCACAUACACUGUCAAGAGUUCAGAUUCAACAACACUGAUUCCAGUCAGCAGCUCAAACUCUGAGACGACAUCAGGCCGAACUACAGCAGCAGCUCCUACACAAGAUAAACAGAUCAUUACCUCAAACUCUGAGAUGACUACAGCUGCUCACAGACCUGCAGUUACUCCACAUCAAGUGAUUGUGAUUAUUGUUGAGUUUGCAGCGUUUGCUGCUCCUACUGUGAUUCUUCUUCAGAUCAUCUGUGCAAGAAGAGCUGGGAGGAAGAACUCACAGCACCCAGAGGAAAUAGAGAUUAAUACAAUAUUAGAGUAA